GUAAGAAGAGCCCACCUGCUGAGGACAAAGUUGUGUUAACACAUAUGAAGAUACUGAGCAAUGAAGGAAUUCAAAACCCAGGGUUAAUCACAGAGGCUCCAGCUGACACAGCCUGCACAGAAGAGUCCCAUCUCCCUGGUGCCAGCUUCCCACUGGACUGCCAGGGAAAUCCAAACGCAGCAGCCGAACCAGCAGAUGCAGACUAUGCAGAUGACCUGGCAAGCACAGACUAUGUAGCCACGCUGCCUGACCUCAGUGCCUUCCAGUCCAAGUGCCGACUUCACAGAUUCUCCAAAUUUGAAUCUGAGGACUCAGGGGUUGAAUUGCCAAGCGGGGCUAAUUCUCCAUCAACACCAACGGGUUCAGAGAAGAGCUUUGUGCUUCACAGCAGGGACUCAUUUUGUGACUCGGGCGUGCUUAGCACUUCUUCUUCUCCAGAAAUUGACCAUCUAGUAAUGAGAACAUGUAAAGAGCAUACUAGAAAAGUCAGCCACCAAGAUCCAGAGAGCAAAAAGCAAGCUGAGUACUACAGCCAGGAGGCAGAUGCUGUGCAGGGUCCUACAGCUUCCCUCAAAGACUUAGAUGUCCCUCAGGAAGAAAGUCCAGAUGAACAUUUUGACCAGAGCGAACAUCAAUCUCUGGAAAAAGAACCCACCCCAGAGACGGGCCCUGCAAGGGAAAGCACUCUUCACACCCCAGGUCCCAUAGAAGAGCCAAAGACAAUUGCUGACGAUUUCCCAGAGAACUUUGGCAGCAUGCAAGACCUCCAGAUCCAUGGACAUCAGCUGAAGAAGUACCCCACAAGUGACAGUUUAGAUGAAUACAUGGAUAAAUGCUGUAGACUGAGUGAGGUGAACCAAGGUAACAGCAAAGCCCUAGGAUCUGGUCUGGGAUACCUGGAACACAUUUGCCAACUGAUUGAGAAGAUUGGGCAGCUGCAGGAGCACAACAUGCGUCUCCAAAAGCAAGUGUGCAGCUUGCAGAAGCAGCAGAAGAUAAGCCAGAUAAAAGAGGAGUACGUUCUGCAGCAUUGCUCCUGUGGAGCUGCCAGUGUCCUCAACUCACACCAAGACGUGAAGACAUCUUUUGCUGGGAGGAACAGACCUCACAGCCUCCUCGUUCAGACUGGAAACCCAUCUGAUCUUUCCAUCAUCCCAGAAAUAGGAGUGAACACUGAAAAGCUGAGCAGCUGCAAUGGAAGUGAGAGAUACCCGGAAUCAGGAAACAGCCAACUGAUGGUGGGGCUCAGGAAGUUGUCAAACAAUAGGAACAACAAGGAGAAUGAGUACAGAGAAGCGGGUAGUAUGACUGAGGUACAGGCUUUUCUGUCAAAGGACCCUGCAGUAAGAAAGGGUCUGGACGUCAGCAAGAACAUCUCGGGUGAGAGCCAUGCUUGGGGAAGAAUGAAAGAUCUUAUGAGGAAGACACGUCUGAGAAACCAGAACAAGCUGGGCUUGUCCUCUGCUGCUCUGAAGAGGUCCUGUCCACAGCUGUACAGCUCUCUUUGA